ACUUAUUAUAAUAUUAAUGAUCAAUUUCGUCUUUUAAAGAGUAAAUCUGUGCUUAGACUUUUUGUAAGCUGACGAAGAAAUCAAUGUUAUAAAGCAACUUAUAUCAUCAUGAUUCAACCGGACUAUCCGUCAGCAAUGGGCCUUUUGGCUCAUCUCAAUUCUGACGAACUAAAGGAAAUGCUUAAUGAUGACGCAAAAUUUGAUUCUGUUCUAAAAGACGUUAAGCAGAUCAAAGACUGGGAAACCGAAAAGGAAAUGAUGAUUGCCAGCAAUAGAUCAUUGGCAGAGUUUAAUUUGGCAAAGGAACCGGAAUUGGCAGAAUUAAAAGCACAGGUACAAGAAAAAUCUGAAACAGGAGAGCUAUUAUGCACUCGGAUACAAGAGCUACUAAAUGAAUACAAAAGCAAAUCUGCUGGUGUUUCUCCAGACACAACACUAGCACUUCUUCAGACAGCAGCAGCGGAGUCAGAAGAACAAUCAGAAAAUAUGGCACAAGAUUUCCUGUCAGGGAAAAUUGAAUUGGACAAAUUCCUCGAAGACUUCGAACCCAUACGCAAACAAAUGCAUUUACGCAAAUUCAAAUCUGAGAAAAUGGGAGAACUUAUACGCACCCGAAACAGCACUUCAUAUGGAAAUGGUUUAGCUAACCCCAGAUUACCGUAUCCAGGUUAUCCCCAGCAUCAAACCACACCGUAUCCACUAGGGCCUAUUAACAUGCCAUUUGCGACAUAUGCAAAUCACUUUUAAUAAUUCUACUUUUAUUGAAUAUUUUAUAUUACAAAUUAUGUUUAUCAUUUCAUUCAUCUCAGAAUAUUUCUUGUCAUGUAUUCUAUUGACCAUUAUAAACAUUUUAAAGAAUUUUUGAAUAUUU